AUGAAGGCGGAGGUGCCAGCACAGGGAGAUGGAUAUAAGCCGAGAUAUAUUGAUAUUGGAAUCAAUUUGGCUGAUCCCAUCUUUCGGGGCUUUUCUCAUGGGAAGAGACGUCAUCCCGAUGACUUGGACGCCGUCAUCGGCAGAGCUCGUGAAGUCGGGUGUUCCAAAAUGAUAGUUACGGGCUCUGAUUUUCAGAGUUCAAGAGAUGCCUUGAAGAUUGCCAAGGACUAUCCGGGCAUCGUCUAUUCGACCAUAGGCAUACAUCCCUGCAGCAGCUCUAUCUUCAGUACUGCUUACUCCGAGUCCGACAAACCCCACGCAGGCCCCGACCCUUCUGAGCCUAUACCUGAGCAUCACAUGCCGGACCCGGACAGGACGAAGGCCAUUUUGUCGGACCUCCAGGAUCUCAUCUCCAGCACUCGGGCAUCGCAGUCUGGACUGGUAUCUUUCGGCGAAUUUGGCCUCGACUAUGAUCGCCUUCAUUAUUGCUCCAAAGUGAUCCAGAUCCACUCCUUCGCUGCUCAACUUGACCUGGCAGCUUCUCUGCAGCCACAACUACCCCUAUUCCUCCACUCAAGGGCUUGCCACGCAGACUUUGUAUCUUUACUCAAGAAGACAUUCGGCUCCAAGCUUGAGAGACUCGAAAAGGGGGGCGUUGUUCACAGCUUCACUGGCACAAUUGAGGAGGCGAGAGAGCUGAUGGAUCUCGGCUUGUACAUUGGCAUCAACGGGUGCAGCUUCAAGACGGCAGAAAACUGCGAAGUGGUCAAGGAGAUUGAUCUUGACCUAAUCAUGCUUGAAACUGACGGGCCCUGGUGCGAGAUUCGGCCUAGCCAUGAAGGCUACAAGUACUUACUUGACGAUACGUCGAAGGCAGAUGGUGUGGACGCAGCCGCCGAUUCAUCAGAGCAGACACCAAAGCCGGUGCCCAAGUCAAAGAAGAAUCAGAAGAAAGAGUCCGCCGUGCCUGAAAGGUGGAAGGUAAUGAAGAAGGAGAAGUGGGUGGAAGGAGCCAUGGUCAAGGGACGCAACGAACCCUGCAUGAUUGAGCGAGUAGCGAAGGUCGUGGCCGGCAUCAAGGGUAUCUCGGAACAGGAGGUUUGCGAAGCUGCAUGGCGAAACACGAACAAAGUCUUCGGAAUAGACAACGAUGUCACUCGCAUGUAG